AUGCGCCAUGAAGAAGCAAAUGGCAAAUUGGAUAUCAUACAGCCUUUUCUUUCGCUCUUUCGGUACACAACCACCCUUCUUACCUUACGGAUUUUUUCAGCAUCAAACUAUCAUACGAUGAUACUACACAUGCCUUCUGAAGUAUUGCUUCAUGUGUGUGAUUAUCUUGGGAUGGAUAGCAUCGCACGAUUGGCAGCAGCAUCUAGAUCUCUUCGAGAGGUGGUGUCAAAAUAUGACGUGUUUAGCUCGUCUCGUAUUGACAGCAAGGAUACCAAGAUCAACGAUGAUACAUUGAGACAUGGUGUUUUGGCUCAUGUAGCUUCCAAUGCUUCUUUUGUCGAUGUUUCCAAUUCGAACGUCACGCACGUGGGUGUGUACCAUAUUAUGAUAAAAUACACGCUGGUACGGUGUAUUCGUAUUACAGGAUCACCUGUGAAUGAGACUGAGCUUGCUCGCAAAUUGAUUAUCUAUUGCAGAAAACAUCCCCUUAAGAGGCCGUUGACCCUUGAGCUUGGACGACCCAAAAAGCCUCUCAGUGAUAAUUUCGUCAAAACCCUCAAGAAAGCGUACCCAGCCCUCACUUUGAAACGAUGGUUUUGCCCUUCUCGUCUUCUUGAUAUCGCCAAAUUCCACCGAUCAAGCAUAAACGAUCCCGACAACAUGCCAUGUCACGAAUGCUUUGAGAUAACACCAAGAGCAAAGUGUGAUGCAUGCAGCAUGACAACUUGUCCUCGAUGCAUGAACGAUAUCUAUUGCAUUGGAUGUAGCAACCAUAAACAUGGAUCAAAUCUCUCUUUCAAUUAG